GCCAAUGUAAGAGAGAUAUAACUCCAGGUACCAUGCAUACUAUUACUGAGUCUACCUUUUGCUGAAUGAUAGACAGACGAUAUGCUGUGGGCCCACACACUUUCAGUCACAACUGAAUAUCUGGUGUUUUAAAUUUCCUUAAAUGAACAAUUAAAUCCAGCUGAAUUACAAAAGUAAGGCUUAGUUAUAUUUUUUAAAUUGCGAUUAAAAAAAAUGAUUCACAAACAAUCCUACACCCAUGAUGCACUUCUCAUCUCUAGCACCACCAACAGGCCACAGUCUGUCAUACACUACAGGAUACAAAUUUCCAUCAGGCUCAGCUGUACUUUGACAUUAAUGUAUCAUGUGUGCUGCUGUGUUUUGGCAAGAAUUUGGCAGUACGAUAUGAAUCACAAUACAGGGGUUAUGAUUCAAUACAUUGCAGUUUAUUGCUAUAAUGUAAGCCAGGCAACAUGUUUACUUUAUUUUUUUAUUUAAUUCUAGGAAAAUGUCAUGGUAUACAGAACACACCAUCAUAUGCAUAAAGAAGCUUACUGACCUGCAUUUGUAUUUAUCACAGUCCCUGUAACAUUGCAUUGAGAACCUACAAGACAAAUGUAGUGCCUCUAAUUUAUGAAGCUCUUUUGACUGCAUUAAAUUGCUGCUGGUCUCCAUUACUGGCCCAAUAAGCCCCCCAGUGCUCCCACUCUCCACUCCACUGCACAACCACAAGGUUUGCAUGUUGUGUGGUAUUUUGCUUAAACAAAAAGUACUUCUGUGCAUACGGUGUUGAGGUCUUAUAAACAGAUUUUGACACAGGGACAAGACAGGGCCUCGAGUGACACAAAUAAAGCAGUGAAAGUGAAAGGUUGGUGUUUUGCCUCGCUAUAUUUGCUUUUUAUUUCAGCGCUGUUUUCACAAUUUUUGUAGCUUCGUCUUUAAUGCACAGUGCUUACAGUCUGGCACCUAGUCACUAUCUUAUCAUGAAGUCUCGACUUCACCUGAACUCUCUUAUUGGCUGGGUGCUGCACACCACUGCCCAAAGGCUGCAGCCCAUGAAAGUCCUGAACGCAGCAACAGAAGAAGGAAAUAAGAAAUUACAGGCAGAGGGCGGGUCCUCUGCAGAUAAAUACACUGUCACAUAUUUCUGUUGGGAAAUCAGUGAUGACUGAGAGGAAUUACUUAAUUAAAGGCCUUUAUUGUUUCAGUUGAUAAGUGCUUUCAGCCGGGGCUUUCAGGGCCAGUUAGUAAUCCAGACUUGAGUACACCUGUGGCUGAAAACAUAAAACUUUUGAUCUGAAAAGGUAGACUAAGUCGGAUAAGCUGCAUUUAAGAUGUCCUCAAAUGACCAGACUAACACUUCUGAUUUUAGUAACAACGUGGUCUUUAUUACUCAGGCGCUGACUCAGGUCAUAUUUUAGAAGAACAGCAAAGUUUUCUCUCUAUUUUACAUCCACUAAUAAACAGUGUUUUUUUGGUGUGUAAUGAAAAGCCCUUUGUGCAUAAUUUCAGUGAUUAAAAGUAUAAAAACUCCAUUAAAGAACUCCUGACCCUUGACCUGAGAACCUUAAAGGAACAGUGUGUAAGAUUUAGGGGGAUUUAGUAGCAUGAAGUGGCGAGGGCUGCAGAUUGCAACCAGCUGAAACGUCUCCCGGUUAGAAUUCCUUUCAUGUUUAUUGUUCAGAAGGUUUUUACUGGGAGCUGAAUAAUCCGCAGAGGUCUCUUCAUCUCCGAAACAAAUGGACCCUGUGAUUUAAACUGCUAAAAACACUGAAUAAAGCGGUUUCCUGUCAGAAAUCAGCGUUUCUGUGAUGCUGUUAGGCAUGUUGGAGACGGGCCGCUAACCCAUCACUUGCUGACAUGUGCUCACCUUUUUUUCUGUGAUACUUUCAAAUCAAGAUGUUCAGAAGGUUUUUACUGGGAGCUGAAUCAUCCAAACGAACAGACCCCGUGAUUUAAACCAGAAAAAACACUGAAUAAGGUAGUUUCACUUUAGAAAGUCAGAAUUUUUCUGGCACUGUUCGCCGCAGAGGGGCUGUUAACUCAAGACCUUCUCAUUCCAACUCAGCAAACAGUCGACUUUCACGUCUAAAUAUGACGUGCUAGGUAACCUCCUGUAUCUGGUGCUGACGUCCCAGGAUGGCGUGUCAAUUUACGCCUGUGUCAUGUAUUGUGUUUUUUCAAAAUACACUUAUGUUUUCACAGGAAAUGUACAGUUUCUGUUUCAUAAUAUUCUUACAACGCAGGUAAAACACUUCAUUUUCAUGUUUAUUUCCUUGUGCAACAAAAGCACGUGGUUGUGUUUAGAAGUCAACAUCAUGGUGAACAGCAGGCUCCCAGGUGAAAGUCUGGGGUUUGUUUGACCCAUCCGCUUCCCCUCCAACCUGCCUUAUAGAGACUUUCCAGCUCUUUAUACGAUGUAGCUGCCGGCAGUGUUACAAACUGGCAAAAUCACUGAUGAAGCGGUGGUAUUUGAAGAAAUACCAGAGUCAAAACGGGCUGGUUAACUGCAGUAGCUGACACGAAAACACACACGGACCCAUCUAGAACCAGUGUUUGGUUUGUCAGUUCUGGGCUACUGUAGAAAAAUGCCGGUGCAACAUGGCAGACUCCAUGGACAAGGACCUGCUCCCUAUGUAGAUAUAAACGGCUCAUUCUAAGGUAACAAAAACACAACGAUUCUUAUUUACAGGUGAUUAUACACUAAGGAAAACAUACUAAUUAUAUUCCAUGUCUGCCAAUUUAUCCCUCUAAAUCCUACACACUGGACCUUUAAAAUAAUUUACCGAACCAGUUGACACACAGUAAACCUGGGGCUCUCACGGCUCUGGGACCACUUAGUAAUCCAGCCUUGAGUACACCUGUGGCUGAAAACAUUAAACUCUGUAUCUGAUAAAAGAUGAAGUCUGAUAAGGCGAUGCCGACAUGUCCUCAAAUGACCAGACUACCACUUCUGAUUUUAACAACGUGGCCUUUAUUACUCAGGCACUGACUCAGGUCAUAGUUUAGAGGAACAUCAAAGUUUUCGCUCUGUUUCACAUCCAUUAAUAAACAAUGCUUUGUUGUGUAUAAAUAAAAGCCAUUUAGUGAUUAUAAAAAAAAAAAUCUAACUAAAUGCCAUUAAUGAACUCCUGACUUUUGACCUGAUUAUAUUAACAGGAUCAAUUCACCCAUCCCACAUACUUGGCAUCUAAGCAACACUUAGUCUUAGUCUUAGAUUUAGUUUAAGACACCCACCUCUGACAUGUCUGCCUCUUACACAAUAAAAUGGAGGUCAAGGAAACUUCAUGUGAUUAGGAAUCAAGAUAAUCCAUACACUUUGCUAUGGACAGGUUUAACUCUCUGACAAGGAAAUAGGCCAAAUGAAAACAGUUGACAGGUCUGUGGAUGAAGCUGAGUAACCAUUAUAUUGGGGAGGGGGCUGAAGUUUCAGAGGUGGUUUUCUCCACACAUAGCAGAUAAAACGAAACUAUUUGCAGGGUCGGUGAGAGUCAUCGCUGUACUCUGUUUGAGUGGUGUCGAGAGCAACACUUGGGCCACAGAGGCAGCCCCUUCAACCUCAGGACCCAUUUCACAGUUGACAGGAGGUCACGUGUUGUGGCCUAGUUUCUGUGAAAAAAUGACAAGGGUGGUGAGAACAGAGAAAAUGACAGCUGAAUACUGGACGCGCUGAGACGAAGAAAAGCUGCCACUCUGUGUCUUAUUCAGAUGUUACUGAAGUGGAGGCUGUUUGAAUGAAGAAAAGAAGAAACAUUUGCUGUUAAGAAAAAUAGAAAUCGCAAGAUUCAGUCAGCACCAAAUGCAAAUCAGCUGUCAUCGCUUAACCAAUGACACAGAAAGUUUUCACACCUGUGAGGUUUCUACUGUAAUAGAAGGAAUUUCCCAUAGACAUAUUACUGUUUAUUGCUGGCAACAUUUGUUUGUUUGUCUAAAAAGCUGUCUGUUGUGCACUUUAGUUUCUCAUUCAUGAUGAAUAAUGUGACUUUUGGUAUCACCUUUACAUUUGAUAUUGUUGGUCUGAUAUAAAUCUCUUUGUAUUGCUCAAUCCUGUUUGUCAUAAUGUUGCAUAGCAGCUCAUCAGAAUAAAUUGACUUCUUGGAAUAAUGUUUAUCUCCCCAACGGUUUUUUGUAAGAGCAACAGAACAGCUUGGAGUCAAAUGACUGGUGUAUGAUAUUUUCACUGAAAUGACCUUGUCAUCCAAGUUGAAGACAGAGAGGAAGAGGCAGUGACAGAUGUAAGAAAGAGAGCGAUGAAGAGUGCUUGCAACCAAAAGCCUGAUUUUAGAUGAAACGAGAGAGACGUUGCCUGUGGAAAAACUGUGGAGGCUGGUGGAGGGCUUGUUUUUGUGCGCAGACUGAGCCAGGGGGUCGCAGCAAGAGACGAAGACAGGAUGAGCAUGCAAGGCACAGAAAUCUCAAAAGGCACCAUCAAGAUGUCAGGCUUUCAAUAUGAGUCAUCGCUGACAUUUUAUGAAUAGUCCCCUGAUACACUUCUGGUCCCCUGUUCAGUCUCACACUCAGAGGGUCCUGGGUUACAUCUUGUCUCACAUUCUCGUCCAAGAUGCAGCCACUCUGUGCUUUUACCUUCCUGUGCACUCUCUCGUUCCUCUCUCCUGUGCUGUCUCGACAGUGCACUGACACAGAAUAUGCCUGGCCAAUGGACGAACCCCGUUUAUGCUGUCACAUGUGCACACCAGGUCAACAUAUGGCUGGGCGUAGACAGGAUAUUUGUUAUAUUGAUUGUGUACCUUGCACGGAAGGCCUAUACACUGAAAAGUACAACGUGGACAUGACCUGCGAAGUUUGUGUAAACUGCAAUAAACCAAACAUGGAGUAUAAGAGAAAUUGCAGCACCACUCAUAACGCUGUGUGUGGAUGUAAAGCCGGCUACGCAUGCAGAGACCUGUCCUGCAAAGACUGUGUGCCAAUACCAACCUCCACCAUCAAAACAACACUCCCUCCAUCCACUACAGCCCUGAAGCCUGGAACCCUCACCACACUCUGGGAACCUUCUCAGCCAAUCAAAGGUAGAGUGAGUUACUGGUUCUGCCUGUGCCAAUUGAAACCAGUGGGGGUUCAUGUAAAUCUUUCAAAAAUGUCUUACUUACAUAUUCUUACAGAUACGGCAUGGUUCCUGGUGAUCAUCGCUCUCCUGUGUACAGGACUUGCACUUGUAGUUUUGACAAAAAUCAAGCCCUUUCUGCGUUGGAUCAAAUCCAAACAGGGAUACUUUUUGGCUAAAGAAGCUGCACCAGCGCCACAGGGCUCCGAGGACGAAGAAGUUUCCACUCCUGUUCAGGAAGUGCUCGGGAAAUGUGAUCAAUGUGAUGUCUGAGUUUAAGACCCUGAACUUCGAUGAGCAAGAAUUUGACAAGCAGACCUUUAGUGCAAAACAUCUCUUGUUGUUUUGAACGUUUGUGACAAAUGGGAGCAAACGUCACUUGGCCCGUGCCGAUGAAUGGAAACUACAGAAAAUGUUUCAAGACUGAUGCUGUUUUCCGGAAGGAGAUGUGACUUUUUGACAUCUGUGACGUUAAGAUGAUAAAACUGUACAAAGAUAACACAGAUAACAAAUCUGAAAGACACUGAGUGAGACUGUGACGGUAAUAUAUGAGUUGCAAAUUGUACAGUACGUUGCUAAAUGGUGGUAUGUACUAUGGUACACAAAAGUUAAACAUAUUCCACAUCUUUACAUUUCAGCCCUGUCUCACAGAAAAAUGUGAAAUGGACACGAACUCUUAAUGCAUGAUGUGGUGGUGGGCACAAAAUGCACCACAAAAAACAAUGCCACUGCAAAGUCAGUUUGGAUCUUUUGUUGUGGUGGACACACCAGUUAAGUAUACAGCACAAGAAAAUCUGCGUAAGAAUGUUAGGAGGGAUGGUAGAUGUGUCAAACAAACAUGGACUUUCAACCAGGAGACCGCUGUGUGUGUCCUGUGUGAAUUGAUUAUAGAAAACAAGUGUCGCACACUCUGGCUUCAAAUGCAUUUCUUUUAUUUUGUGUCCCAUGAGAGGCCAAAAGUCAGCUUUACGUAACUUUACAUAACUAUGCAAAGUACUUUAUGUAGGUACUACAUGUAACCACACAAAGUAUGUAAGUUUACGUCAUAUACUUAGUUAUAUUACCGAAAACAUGUUUUUUCCCCUCUAAACUUUAAAGGUGCAGUGUGUAGGAUUUAGAGCCAUCUAGUGGUGAGGAUGGCAAAUUAUAACUACCUGACAAUUCUCCCAUGUGCCAGGCUCGAACUCCUGAUUAGAAUUGCUUCAGUGUUCAUUGUUUAAGACGUUUUUAUCAGGAGCUGAAUCAUCCGCAGAGGUCUCUUCCUC